AUGCACAAAACUUCAGUGGGACUCGAGCUGUUCGAGCGUAUUUCGCGUGUGAGUGUAGGCAAUGAAAAAGUAGCCGACUACUCUGGUUUCAAGUCACCCAGUGGAGUAGACAAUGGACGCGGGAACGACGAAGGGGCCUUGCGUGAAGGGGGGGCACCCGUGUACACCAGCCCCGAAGUGCUUGCCUUGUUGGCGCAGUACGUGACCGUUGGUCUCAUGUAUGGCGCAUUGCCCCUCGUUCCGUACAACAUCCUUGUCAGCUACUUCCACGUCACGGGGACCCGGUAUUCGUCUGCGCGCGCCCUGAUCUCGUUGGGGUGGUCGCUCAAGGUGUUUGUGGGGAUCGUGUCCGACUGCUUUCCGAUGUUUGGAUAUCGUCGGAAGUCCUACAUGGUGCUGGGCUGGCUGCUCUGUGGCUCAUGCAUGCUUGUGUUGGGCUUUUUACCUCAUGGGGGGCCCGGGAACCCAAAGCUUUCAAAGACCGACCCAUAUAAUGUGGAUGCACAAUCGCGGGCCACGACCAUUGGCCUCUUGUGUGCGUUGGCAACGUUUGCAUACAUCAUCGCCGAUGUGCCUGCGGAUGCACUAGUCGUCGAGUAUGCUCAGCGAGAACCUGAACACGUCCGGGGGCGUAUGCAGUCGCUCAUUUAUGCCACACGCACAGUGACGUCGACCCUCUCGAUCGCGUUGAUGGGGUUUGGGUUGAACUCUGCCAACUACGGGGGCUCGUUCAACGCAGACAUUGGACUGAACACGGUGUUUCUCAUCUUGACCGUACCGUGCUUUCUCAACGUGUUCGUCACACAUGUGUACAUUCAAGACAAGUGCCACGACGGGGUCAACUUUCGUGUAUACCUCCGGCAAUUCUGGGACUUGGCCCAGAAGCGUGCGGUGUGGACCAUCAUGUUAUUCAACUUCUUCUUCAACUUAUUUGGGUCCAACAUCACGACAACCGCCGCGCCGUAUGUUCAAAGUGUUUGGGCAAACGUGGAUAACGUCAACAACUCAGUCAUGUCGGCGUUGGGGGCACUCAUCUUUGCAGCCAUCUUGGGGGUGAUGGGCCGAUGGGGGACGACGUGGAACUGGCGCUUCUGGAUCGUGUUGUCCACGCUGUCGGCGGUGGCGAUCGAUGCCGUGGUGCAGUACUUGACUAUUUACAACUAUUUGCGCAACCAGUGGUUUUACCUCGGCGUGCCGAUCACAGAGUACAUUCCGCAAGGCGUGCUGUUUAUCAUCACGACGUUUGCGAUUGUCGAACUGGCCGAAGAAGGCAACGAAGGCAUCAUCUACGGCCUCUUGACCACGGUCACCAACCUCCCGUCGGUGUUUGGCACAAUGGUUACAAACAUGUACUGCGAGCGUUUUCAAGUGGGGGAGGGCGACAUCAAGUCCGACACGUCUCAAGUGCGUAACGACGUGGCCACGACUUAUGUCGUGUAUUACUCGAGCGUGGUAUUUGCGUGCUUGUUUGUGUUUCUGUACCCGACACAAAAAAAGAUGUUGCAAGAGUGGAAGCAAAAUGGAACCAAACACCCUUGGGUGGGAGGCUCGGUGCUCGUUGGCGCGUUUUCCAUUUUGUGUGUGUCUGUGACCGCCAACAUCAUGACCAUGUUUGAAUCCACAAAGUGCUACCACAUUGCGGGGGGCCACGGCUGCACGCCGUAA